ACCAGACACCUCACCAGUGCGAAACAGAGAGAUCGAUAAUGGUGAACUUCGUGGAAGCACAGAAGCCUUUGUUGCAUGGGCUAAUGAAGAUGGCAGGGAUCAAACCCUACACGGUGGAGAUCCAGCCAGGCACGGUCAUGACCUUCUGGGUCCCAUUGGAGACCAUCAAAAACCACAAAAAGGGCCAAAAGCCCCAGCCCCCGGCUAAGCCCAGCAAGCCCGUGGUGGUCCUGGUCCACGGGUUCGCCGCCGAGGGCAUCGUGACGUGGCAGUUCCAGGUCGGCGCUCUCGCCAAGAAAUACUCUGUUUACGUGCCGGAUCUCCUCUUCUUCGGAGGCUCGACAACCGACAAAACCGACAGGUCACCGACAUUCCAGGCCGAGUGUUUGGCUGCAGCUUUGGGGAAGCUCGGGGUGGAGAGGUGCACCGUGGUUGGGUUCAGUUACGGUGGGAUGGUGGCGUUCAAAAUGGCUGAGCUGUACCCGGAGCUGGUCCAGGCCAUAGUGGUUUCAGGCUCGAUCAUCGCCAUGACCGACUCGAUCAGUGAAACAACGCUGAAAGGCCUUGGGUUCUCUUCUUCUUCGGAGCUUUUGCUGCCCACUUCCGUUAAAGGCUUGAAAGCGCUUCUCUCUGUUGCUGCUCACAAGAAGCUGUGGUUCCCGGAUCGCCUUCACAAAGACUUCCUUGAGGUGAUGUUCACCAACAGGAAGGAGAGAGGUGAGCUCUUAGAAGGUUUAAUCGUGAGCAACAAGGAUCCCACGGUUCCCAAUUUCCCACAGAAAGUGCAUCUUUUAUGGGGUGAGGAUGAUCAGAUUUUCAAUCUGGAGCUUGCUCAGAACAUGCAAGGGCAACUAGGAGAAAGUGCAUCCUUUCAAGGCAUAAAGAAGGCCGGUCACUUGGUUCACCUGGAACGACCUUGUGUUUAUAAUAGGUAUCUGAAGCAGUUCCUUGCCUCCUUGCACGCAGACAAAGCCAAGAAGUGACACGAUUUGGAAGUAU